AUGAUUAGUGACAAAUAUCUUCAAAUUGAUUUUCCGGGCUUUGAGCAUUCUACUGCUCGUCGGCUAUACCGAAUCGAAAGAUAUCUGGCAGUUUUCACAGAGAAAGUUCUGUCAUAUGAGUCUAUCAUUUCAAUUACUUGUAUUUUGGUAAACAUUUUACAUUCUGCAAUUCUGACAAGAAAAUCUAUGAGAAACUCCUCCAUAAAUAUCAUUAUGACUGCAGUGGCUAUUUUAGACAUUUGCACAUUUUUUUCAGAACUCAAGAAAAUCGUCGAGCGAUUUCUCCGAGAUUAUUACGAUUGUUUUCAAAGUGAAACAUAUACUUUUGUAAUAAUCGAAACUUCGUUUCAAGUCCUCCAAGACUAUUCCCGGCGGUGUUCAACGUGGCUUUGCUUUCUCAUCGCGCUUAUUCGAACACUAGUCAUCAGAAAUCCUCUGAACCAAAGCUACCAGAAAUUAGCCGGUCCUGCCCUCUCUGGUUUUGCAAUUCUCGGAAUAUUAUUUUUGAGUCUUCCGAUUUCAGUGGUCUUUUCUCUGGAAUAUGAACUAAUGAAAAGUUCUGUGCCAUCAUUUUGUAAUUCAACUGAAACAACUUACUACACAGUUAUAUCUGAUAUGUUUGCGGAUAAUGAUGGGUAUUAUUUGAAAAUAUUUUCAAUUGUUAACGGGCUCGUUUCAAAUAUAAUUCCCUGCGUGCUCUUCCCGAUAGUAACUUUCCUAUUGGUCGUCGAGCUCUGGAAAUCGGAUAAAAAGCGAAAAAAUCUUUCUUCCACUGCAAAUGUAAAUGACUCUAGAAAAACUACUAGACUGGUAUUCUACAUAUCUAUUACGUUUUUUAUCGCCGAAUUUCCGCUUGGAAUAACAUUGGGUGCAACUUGGUUUUUUCUCGAUGUUCCUGGAAUGAAAUCAAUAAUGAGUUACUUCUACUACAAUUUUUCCUUGCUCCUGUCUGCAAAUACAGCUACCCACUGCAUAGUUUGCUUCUUCAUGUCAUCUCAAUAUCGGAUUGCUGCAAAGCAAGUAGUGUCCUGUGGAUAUUUGACUCAGAAAAACAAAGCAACUGUGAUUCAAGUCACUCACACUAGUUCUGCAAGGCGACAAGUUUUUAAAAAGUGA